CUUACUGGUUAUAGGCGAGCGUUUGUGCGCGUCGCUUGAAAUGUCUGGAAAUUUUUGUUCUAAAAUAAUAUAGAUUGAAUGAAAAUUAUUGUAAAACAUAAUCAAACUUUGUGUUCAACAUGUUCUGCAUCUAGUAUUAUUAUGUAUCAUCGUGAAUAGUAGUUUAUUUUAUAUAAAGUUAAUGUAUUAGCCGUCCAUUAGAAAAACUAUAAAAUGGAAGAAGGAGAUUCGAAAUCGUGUAAAAAUUCUCCUAAAUCUGAGGAUAAGUUUGGUAGCUGCUAUUGUGGAAAAGACAGAAAUUUCAACAUCGUUGAGUUACUAUGCGUGACAUGUAGCCGUUGGUUUCACGAAUCAUGUAUUGGCUUCCAGCUGGGUCGGUUGGUCCCGUUCCUCAUGAACUAUGUGUUCGUUUGCAAAAAUUGCUCCGUAACCGGGCUGGAAAGUUUUCGCAAAACGCAGGCCACGAUACCGCAAAUGUGCAUGACGGCAAUUGCCAACCUGCAACAAGCUGCCGUAAAAGAGGGCAAACCUAAGGCCAUGUUCAGUAAGGAUAAGGAUAUUAUUCCAUAUAUGGACCACUAUUGGGAAUCGAUGACAACGAUGAGCCGACGCUCUACUCAGUCUUGGUAUGCAACGGUGCAGAGGACUCUGAUCAAAGACAUCAACUCGUUGUUCACGUAUGAGGAAACUACCGAGAACGGACAGAUGUAUGGAUUGGUUAUGUCCGAUCUGGGUCAAAUCAGACCGAACUAUGAAGAUCCAGCCGCGCAAGGUACUCAAAACUUGGCCAAAGCUGGACGACAACCGAAACGCAAAUUCCCCAACAGCGAACAGGGCGGAGCGUUAAGCAAAAAAAGUCGCAUCGGUACGGAACUCGGUGCGCUGGUGAAAUUACCCGCCCACGGUUACCCACUGGAGCAUCCGUUCAAUAAAGAUGGAUACCGGUAUAUCCUUGCGGAGCCCGAUCCCCAUGCCCCGUUUCGACAGGAAUUUGAUGAAAGUGCGGACUGGGCCGGAAAGCCUAUUCCCGGUUGGCUGUACCGGGUGCUGUCGCCAAAUGCGGUCCUGGUUGCACUACACGAUCGGGCACCGCAGCUAAAGGUGUCUGAGGAUCGACUUGCUGUCACCGGCGAGAAGGGUUACUGUAUGGCGCGGGCAACGCAUUAUGUAACACGCGGUAGCUGGUACUGGGAAGCGACUGUUGAAGAGAUGCCAGAAGGAUCUGCCUGUCGGUUGGGAUGGGGUCAAGAGUAUGCCAAUCUACAAGCACCAUUGGGAUACGACAAGUUUGGAUAUUCGUGGAGAUCUCGAAAGGGUACUCGCUUCCAUGAAUCUCACGGUAAGCAUUACAGUGAUGGGUACGGUGUGGGCGAUACGCUCGGUUUUAUGAUCGUUUUGCCGGAAUCGAACCCCGCUGGUCAUACGCCCAGCACGUUCAAAGAUAGACCGUUGGUGAAGUUCAAAAGCCAUUUGUACUAUGAAGAGAAAGAUAAGGUAACGGAGACUUUGAAGUCUCUGAAGGUGCUCCCAGGUAGCAAAAUAUUCUUUUUCAAAAACGGUGUCUGUCAAGGGGAAGCAUUCACUGAUAUUUACGGAGGAGCAUACUAUCCGGCAUUUUCGAUUCACAAGAAUGCCACGGUCAGCUUUAACUUUGGUCCUAACUUCAAACACCCAGAAGUGGAACAGCAAUUCAAGGCUAAAGCGAUGCACGAUCGUGCCGAAGAAAUUAUCUGCGAACAAACCAUGGCAGAUAUGAUGUAUUUCACCGAGAACGACGGCAAACUUCGAUUGGACAGCUACAAUAUCUAGAUGGUACGAUCAACUGCAACAGGUUUGUAAAUAAAAUUAUACCGUCAGUCGCAACAA